CGUUACCACCGUACAGGUGCGAGCGAGCAGCGGCUCGAGCCGCUCCGCCAAUUAGGCGCACUGAGCGUGACCACGUGAACAAAUCCCGGUGUCUAAAUGUCCGUCCGGGGAACAGCUUGGAGUGAGCGGCAGCGCUGAAAGCAACACUGAGUGGGAAGUAAUAACGGCUGGCUGAUACGGGAGCGGUGCAGGUACUAAACCCUGCCUGCACUGACACUGUGACUCCAGACUGACAGACGCUGAAAGAGAAGGCAGAUAAACAGAUUGGAGGACAGAGGGAGAAGUACAACCUCUCAUAGAGUGGUGGCCAGAGUGACAGAGGAGCACAUGAGGAGCGGAAACGGCGUGACAGCAACAUCCUGACCGGUAACCUUGGUUCUGCACCCCACCACGCACCCAGCAACUCCAGAAGCGGGGCGUCACAAGGAAGAAAACGUGCGACCACUCCUCCUGCAGGCAUGAGGUCCUUCCGUUCCUUUAGUAAUGAUGACCGCCACGUCAUGGCAAAACACUCCACCAUCUACCCUUCCUCUCAAGAGCUGGAAGCCGUUCAGAAGUUGGUGUCCACUGUCGAGUGCGCCCUCAAACACGUCUCUGAUUGGCUGGAUCAGAGCAGCAGCGACGUCCACAGCCAAGUUGACAGCCAACCAGCAGACAGCACAGAGGAGGACGAUCCUGGUGAUGAGCCCAGCAGUGAAACUGAGGGUUCCAGUGACAGCUACAGAGAGCCAAGCAGUGGUAGCGUGCUGUGUGGAGUGAUGAGGAUCGGCCACGUGUCCAAAGGCCUCCUGAUCAAAGGCGACGUGGACCUGGAGCUAGUGCUGAUGUGCAGAGACAAACCCACACAGACACUGCUGGACACUGUCUGUCAUAAUUUACCCACACAGAUAGAGAAGCUGAGAGAAGAGAAAUAUGAGGUUACAAGCUCCUUGCCCGAGGCAGCCAUCUUGGUACGAACUACAACAGAGCCCAAACUCACACUGACGAUUACUCUAACCUCGCCAGCCAUGAGGGAAGAUGAGGAGGAAGAGGAGGAGGAGGAGGAGUUGGAGAAUGGGGAGGAAGGACAGCACGAGGAGGAGCAGGAGGAGGAAGUGGAGGAAGAAGUGGAGGAGGAAAAGCAGGAGCAGGGGCAGAAGAAUGGGCAAGUGUUGGGUGCUGCUGCGCAGAGAGUGGAGGCUGAGGAGGAAGAGGGGGAGGUGCUGGAUAGACACAGAUGUCUGUUGGCCCUGGCAGCGCUGCGACACGCCAAGUGGUUCCAGGCUCGAGUGAACGGACUCAAGUCCUGCGUUAUCAUUCUCAGGAUACUUAGAGACAUGUGCAAUAGACACCCUGUCUGGGAACCUCUCAAGGGAUGGCCCUUAGAGCUUAUCUGCGAGAAGGCAAUUGCCACCUGUAACAGACCUCUUGGGGCGGGAGAAGCUCUGCGUCGGGUCAUGGAGUGUCUGGCCUCAGGCAUACUCCUACCAGGUGGUCCUGGUUUACACGACCCAUGUGAGAAAGAGCCAACAAACACACUAGCCAACAUGACCGACCAGCAGGCUGAGGCCAUUACCUACCGUGCACAGCAUGCUCUCAGACUCAUGGCAUUUGGACAAAUUUACAAGGUGUUGGAGAUGGAGCCUCUUCCCUCAAAUAAACCAUCACAGAAAUACCCGUGGUCUGAUAAAGAAGGCUUAGGUCUCAAGAGGCCAUAUGAGGAUGGAGCGAUGGAUGACAAGGAUGUCAUCAAGAAGAUGAAGAGGAAUCUGAGGAAAGUCCUAGACAGUAAAGCCAUAGACUCCAACCAGCCAAUGAACGCCCUGAUGCGGUUGAACCAGAUCCGGCCGGGGCUGCAGUAUCGCCUGCUGUCCCAGUCGGGCCCGGUUCAUGCGCCGGUCUUCACCAUGUCUGUGGAUCUGGAUGGAACUAUUUACGAAGCAUCCGGAUCCUCCAAGAAGACCGCCAAGCUCCACGUCGCCGUCAAGGUUCUCCAGGCAAUGGGCUACCCGACAGGUUUUGACUCAGACCUGGAUCCCAUGAGUUCAGACGAGAAGUCGGAUGGUGAGGGGAAGAGCGAGACCUCGUCACACACUAGCAAUAACCCAAAACAAUCCACGGAUAGUUCCAACGCACUGGAGGUGCGAACUCAGGGUCCCAUACUGACGGCAAGUGGGAAGAACCCCGUCAUGGAGCUGAACGAAAAGAGACGGGGCCUCAAAUACGAACUCAUCUCUGAAAGCGGAGGCAGCCAUGACAAACGCUUUGUUAUGGAGGUGGAGGUCGAUGGGCAGAAGUUUCGUGGGGCAGGCCCCAACAAGAAAGUAGCAAAGGCCAGUGCUGCUCUGGAAGCUCUGGAAAAGCUUUUCUCUGGUCCCAACGCCGCUGCAAACAAGAAAAAGAAGAUAUUGCCCCAGACUAAAGGAGCCCUGGCCGCGGCAGCAGCAGCCUCGGCAGUAGCAGCUCAGGUAGCCAGAGGAAGAGGAAGAGCAGCCCUCGCGAGAGGAGCCUUCGUCAGUGCAGCCACACCUGGAUAUGUCACGCCAGGCUUUGGGACACCGUAUGGCUACAGCCCUGCUGCAGCAGCUGCUCCUGCAUAUGGUGGUCUUUUCAUUGACAAUCCCUUCUACCAGCCACGGACCAUUGCUCCUUUUAUCAUUCAUCUGGGUCCCCAGGAUCUCUUCUCUGACUUCUAGAGGCAGCAGGUUGUUGGAUACUCUCUUCAAACUUCCCUGUCUGUAUACGCAGGACAUGUGUUUUUUCUGUCCGUCUUAGCGGGCUGCCUUUCUAUCCAGGUGCAGACUCACAGAUCCGAAACAGUUUUUGGUUUAAUCAGUCUGCUGGGGAAAACUCUAUGCCCAACAGCAGCGGAAGAAACUAUCUCACCUACUGACCGAGAGGCUCAUAGCUCCUCUCUCUGUUUUCGCUACCCUCUGCCCAGAUUAUCACUUCAGAGGAGAGAAAUUUUACACAAAGCAAUACUUGGAUUUUACGAGAAAUGUUCAGCUUUGACUGUGCGAGGCUGGGCUGGCUGAACUUCUUUCUAAUAGCAAUACACCAGAACUCCUCUCCUUGAGCUUACUUACUUGAGAAUAUGUGAAUGUCAGAUGGAGUUUUACCCAAUACAGCAUUGCAAUAGCUCAUUAUGAUUGUAUAUUCAUUGUAUGUGUGUGUACGUGUGGCUAUAACAUGACUAUAUACACAUAUAUGUAUGGUGUAUGUUUCUAUAACAAUGUGUUGACAAUAAUAUUACUAUAUGAUGAUGUAUUUAUGUAAAUAUUCUAUAAGAUAUAACUAUUGUUGGUAUAAAUUAUUUUAGAAUUAUAAAGUGAAAUGUAACUGUAAUAUCACAGUAUAGCUUUCUUCCAAUUUUAUAUACACUGAGCAAUUGAAGCUAGUUCUAGGAGAUGCAAUAUUAACUUUGGUAUUUCUAUUAACCUGUGCUGUUAGAAUAAUAAUGCUUCCUUCUUUCCUUCCUUCAAACUUUUCCUCUAUCUUUGAUGUCUUUCUGAGCCUUUCUGAGCACGCUCUCUGCUGCCCGAGGUUUGUUUACUUGACCCGGACCAGAGGUGCUCACUACUGAACACACUCAUAACCUAAUCACACCUGGGCACACACUUUUUCCUGUCAGAAAGCACAUUUUCUAUAGUCUCACUGCUGGCAGGGAAUACUGUUAGAAAUACAGUACUGUAUGUGUAUAGUAUGUGAAUACUUUGAUGUAUAUGCUCCUCCAUCUACCAUUCCCACGUUAUCGGACUCACCCAUCAACACUCAGUUAAUCAACACACAAUCGUCAGCUCCGUCCCGCUCGCCUUAGGGACCGAAAGCACAGCUCACUCACACAAAUUACUAUUCCUUCUUUCUGCAAACACACACAUUCACACACACACACCCAUCCCUCCACCCUCCUAUGGCAAUCCUCUACUGUAUGGAUGUGAUGUGGCUGGUGGCUGAUACAGCUUUGUCAAAAGGUGUUCUACACAAUGUGGAGGAUGGAGCACAACUACUGGCGAACUAUUUAAAGUUAUAGCCAGCAAUAAUCCUCAAAAGGGAACUUUGAAUUGGAUUCCCUGUCUGGGCAUAUUUCAGUGGUUGGUGAUGUCACCUGUAGGUUUUUGAAGGAAUGGGUUUUUACCUUUGGCUGCCAUGCCAGUCACUGAAGCUAGAAAAUUUUAGCAAAAGAAAUGUGGCUGGAGCUGAUGUGGACUGAGGAAGUUUCAGCUAGGGAUGCACCAAUCCAACAUGCCCAAUCAGGAUCGACCACAGCAACGCCUGGCCUCAUGUUACAGUACAUUACAACACUUCCAAUGAGUUCCACACAGUGAGGUUUACAGAUUUUACAUUUAGAAUAAAGACUUGUAUCGGAUCGGUAAUUGGUAUUGGUAUAUACCCUGAGUUGGGGUAAGGGUAUUGGAAGAGAAAAAGUUGGAAUGGGGCAACCAUUGGCUGAGACACCUGUCUACACUAUAAAUUGUUUCUGUAAGGCUAAAUAUGCUCUUAACAGAACCGUAAUUCUGAACAUUUCCAACACAACAUGCAUUUGAGAAAGCAAAAUGAGCUUUUGAGUUCAAAAUAUAUUGAAUUUGUAUUUUGAAACAGAAACAGGGUCUUUAUGAAGAUUAGAUUAGACUUUAGAGUUUUAGAGAUUAGAGUUUCUGUAUUUUAAGGCACUUCUGCGCCAGCUAUUCAAAGGAUUGUUGAACUGUUGCUGAGAUAUUUGGGAAAUAGAGUUUGGUUGAUUAUCAUUUGAAGUCUCAAAAUACAUGUAUAUUGCUUACUAGUAGUUGACUGUGUAGUCCUAGUGUUGUGGGUUUAAUGCUGCUAUAGCACAUAUUGCACAUAUUAUUUACGCAUGUAGAAAUUAGACUGAGAGAUGAGAUAUUAAAGUGCUUUAUGCGUAACAGUAUGUUUGGUCUAAUUUGGGGUAUUGUUGGAACCAAACAUGUCACAACUCUGUACACACUGAGAUAGCGGUCACAGCACACACAUAGUACUCACUCAGGGCUGUGUAGGAUGUCUGCUUACAUGCUUCUGAAAAGUCUUCAUCCGUCAUUUUUUAUUUCUAGCCUUUAAUAGAGACAAGGUGUCAGUCAGAAGAGGCAAAAUCAGACAGAAAGGCUUUGAUUCUCUUUACUCUUGCCUUGAUCCGGGCACCAGUUUGAUCUCCUGUUUUUGUGUUGGUUUUUAUUCAUCAAAAACAUCUGACAAUGAGAAAAUAGACUUACAAAGGCUCCAAAAGCCCAUGUUUCAAGACAAUAUUUCAAAUUAGUGUAAGAUGUUGAUAGAUAGAUGUUGUGACAACACUGACUUAAAAUGGAAUACAACUUGUGCCAUCAAGCUGUGCUGGAGCGAUUGGAGGUAAACUGGAUGUCCAGGCUUCCUCUAGCUUUGUGUGUUGGAGCGAUGAGGGCAAGCACACGAGUUGUCGGCCAUUUAUGUUUGAGCAGCUGGUUCCUUAACUUAAACAAUUAAACUUAUCCACACAGUUAUGUGUAUUUACAGCAAGAAUUUGCUUCCAUGCUUUGCUAUUCCAAGCAUUUUCCAUUAAAUCCCAAAGCGACUUUAGUCAUCUCAUCUCACUUGAGAGAGGCACUGCUUUGCCCUGACUUUUCAUUCUGGUGUGGAAUUCACAUUGAGGUGAAUAACUUGGAGCUUCACUGUGUAGAGACAGACCUUCUCUGUCGGCUAAAAAAUCUCCUAAUUUCCCCUCUGCCCUCUCUCCAUCUCUCUCUCUGGCCCAGUCCCCUCAGUCCAGAUGGCCCACAUUAAUAAGGCAGACAGUCAUACCUCAGUGCGCAACCUUUUCAUUUCCCCUCAGACUGAACUGACACGCAAGAGGAGUCACCCUGACUACUGACCCUGUCCUUCUGCUCUGUUGGCCGAACGACCACAUUAGGAGAAAGGGUGGCUGGGUGAGAGCUCAGGGAAACACAGUCGGUCUAAAACUGGCACAGGCAGUUAUUAUUUAUAGAGGUUUAGGAGUUGUUGUCUUUUAGUUAAGCACAGGUCAGGUUCCACAUGUUUGUUUCUUGUUAGGCAGUACAGUGAAAUGGGAGUGACAUAAUAGUUUUGCUAGUACCUAAGUACGGUGGCUGACAGGGGCAAACGCCCUGCAACUUAAGAAGAUGCAUGCAAAUAGACAAAACACAAGCAAAUUAAGGAAACACCUUAAUUAAUUUGACAACACAUGCGCAGCAUUCAGCAAACACGCUGCAAAUACACACAGCACAAUCAAACACAGAAUUUGCAAAUAUAGAAACGUGGUAAAAAGAAAAGCACACAAUCCCCGAAAAAAAGCGAUGCAAAAGAAAAGCAUAUGCAAACAAAAAACGCUGAAUCCAGAUUACACAACGUAAAUUCUCCAGACCUCUAGAGGGAGCGCUAAGUGGAAGAGCUUGAUUUUCAACCCCACUGGGAGAGAGCGUUCUUCCUUUUUGUUAGAGUCGGGUAUGGCUGCAGCCUGGAGACCUAUUGUCUCAUGCCUCCCGUCCAUAGCCUGUAAGUUUAAUUAUUUAUGUGCAAAGAACCUAUUGUUUUUAAAAGGAUUACUAUUCCGCACCGUCUCUCCAUUUUUUAUUUUUGAGGGUCUUAGCAUGCGGGAAAACUCACAAAAACUUGCAGACAUCUCAGACCUAUCACAAAGUUCUGUAGUGAUUGGUCUUGGGCGUUGCCAGGGGGCUCCAUAGCGCCCCCUAACGUGCACCUUGAAUUCAACAAAAGUAAUAAUUUAUCAUACUAACUUUUGAGGGAACAAGCGUAUCAUCUAAAAUUUAAAAAAAUUACGAUAUGGCGAUCUUCGUGCAAAAUUUCUCAUUUUACGAAGACUUGUUUGAGGGCUUUAGGAUCCACGAAAACUCUCAAAAUCUUGCAGCCAUGUGCAGGAUAUUAAACUAUUUCAUCUGAAUUCACAUUUAGGCUUGGGAGGGGUAUGGUUGCUCCAUUGCACCCCCUAAUUGGUUUUAGCCUGGUUUUAGCCCUUGAGGACAUUUUUAUGGCCUCAGUAUUUAUGAAAACUCACAAAAAUUGGCGCACACGUAAACACCUGGUAGCUUUGUGAGUCGGUUCAGCGAUUUGGCCCAGACCUGUGCGCGUGCUCAAUAGCGCCCCCUAAUGCGUGGAAGGCCUUAGCUUGGACACAGUUUCUCCAAUCUUCACCAGAUUUGAUAUGCAUAUUGCUCUAAUCAUUGCGGACAUAUUUUCCUAUUCCCCUUCAUUAGCUCCGCCCAACCGGAAGGCAGCCAUUUUGACCGUAAUCGCUGUUGUCUAAUCACUGUAUUACACUUGAGGAGGCCUACACUUCAGCAAUGCGCCUUUUGGAUAUCAAAAUUAAACCCUCUCAUGUAAUAUGACUUAAACAAACAUCAGCGUUAAACACUGAUGCAGUUUUAAAUGUUUUAUUACCACAAGUUUACAGACACACCUCUUCUGAUUGAAGAUCACCUGUGACCUGAGCCGAGACACACCCGACAAACACGAGAAAACAUAUCUCAAACUGAAAUAUUUACAGUCUAUGAUCUCAGAGCAGUUGCACACCGUUUCACACCAUUCUGAGAUUGAACGUGUCCCGGCUGUCUCUCUUCCCGUGGAGUCAAAAAUCAGAGAGGCCUGGAGAACUUCCUCUGUGUAAUCUGGAUGCAGCGUUUUUGUUGUUGUAUCUGCUUUUCUUUUUGCAUCGUUUCUAUAUUUGCAGCGCGUUUCUGUAUUUGAUUGUGUUGUGUGUAUUUGCAGCACGUUUGCUGAAUGCUGCGCAUGUGUUGUCAAAUGAAUGAAGUUGUUUUCUUAAUUUGCUUGUGUUUUGUCUGUUUGCAUGCGUUUUCUUAAUUUGCAGGGCGUUUUGCCCCUAUCGGCCAUCAUACCAAAGCCCUUCUUAAAAAUGUAAAAAAGAAAAAAUUAUCCCAUUGUCAUGUUCUUUAAAAGUAUAUAUUUGGUGAUGAAAAAGAGAAAGCAUAGGAAACAAAGGAAAAUGAAACUAAUGCUGCUCCUUACACAAGCCAUAUAAAAAAAGCUUAUUUCAAUAUAUAGUCAGAUAGUUUCCAGCUGUGUUUGUCAUACUGUUGCACCUCCAGAAAGAUGACAAUGGCCGCACUCUACUAGGAAAUUUCUCAGAAUAGAAAACAUUAUUGUGACAUGUUUUUCCCUAAAGAAAUACACUCCAGGUAGACUAGGGCUUGGACAGUUAUGUCCACAUGGAAAGUAAUGGUUGUUUGUGCUGCACCCGGGUCCCAGUGAGUUUUCUGAUGGAUGUUCUUCUUGCUCCAGUGUUCUUUAGGUAUAUCUCUAAGAGAUCACUAUGAAACAGGAAAAUGUGUCAGUUAUUGUAAACACACACACAUUCCCUACCUGCAAAUGUUCAACAACUAUACCUGUAAAUCUAAGAAGCACAAAACACACAUGUACAAUACUCCCACACAUGUUCUCAGGGCCACCUGACACAAACACACACACACACACACAAACACACACACAUACA